UAGAGGAGACACUACAGACCCUAGAUCCCUUCCAGGCUGUAUCACAACCGGCCGUGAUUGGGAGUCCCAUAGGACGGCGUAGGCGUCAUAUUUACUAAGAAUUUGUCUUGUAAAAUAACAUCUCCUAGACUAGGUUCAUUAGCCGCUAGGGGCAGCCUUCAACAAAGAGCAAACAAAAAAAAUAUUAUUCUGUCUCCGGGUUUUGUCUGACAUCCAUCUGAAUGUAGUGGAAGCUUCCCGGUUCCGCUCCUGACAACCCUGGACGGAUUCGUGUCGACUGCCCAGAGUCCGCGAAUUCAAGUCCGCUGUCUCCCGUUAUCAGCAAAUCUAUCGUUUCCGAAUAAUAAUAAUAACAAGAGUACGAGCCAGAAGCUCUGUUAAAACCAAGCCGGUGACCAGUGAGACUGACCACCCAACUCCCAUCAACAUGUCACUGCACCAGUUUCUGCUUGAGCCCAUCACCUGUCACGCCUGGAACCGGGACAGAACCCAGAUCGCCAUCAGUCCCAACAACCAUGAGGUUCACAUCUAUCAGAAGAGCGGUAACCAGUGGGUGAAGAGUCAUGAGCUGAAGGAGCACAAUGGACACAUCACAGGUAUCGACUGGGCUCCUAAGUCCGACCGUAUCGUGACGUGUGGGGCGGAUCGUAACGCCUACGUCUGGUCUCUGAAGGACGGCGUCUGGAAGCCCACGCUGGUCAUCCUGAGGAUCAACAGAGCUGCGACCUUCGUCAAGUGGUCUCCUCUGGAGAACAAGUUCGCUGUGGGCAGCGGAGCCAGACUCAUAUCAGUCUGUUACUUCGAGUCUGAUAACGACUGGUGGGUGAGUAAGCACAUCAAGAAGCCGAUCCGUUCCACCGUCCUCAGUCUGGACUGGCAUCCUAACAACGUGCUGCUGGCGGCUGGAUCCUGUGACUUCAAAUGCAGGGUGUUCUCUGCCUACAUCAAGGAGGUGGAGGAGAAGCCCGGCCCCACCCCCUGGGGGUCCAAGAUGCCGUUUGGGGCGGUGCUGGCUGAGUUUGGGGGUGCCGGGGGAGGAGGAUGGGUCCACUCUGUGUCCUUCUCCUCGUCUGGUAACAGACUGGCCUGGGUCUCACACGACUCCACUGUUACUGUGGUGGACGGGACCAAGGGAUCCACUCCGUCUCAGUUGAAGACUGAGUUCCUCCCUCUGCUCAGUGUUCUCUUCAUCUCUGAGAACAGCGUGGUGGCAGCGGGUCAUGACUGUUGUCCCAUGCUGUUCCGUUGUGAUGACGGAGGGUCCCUGACGUUUGUCUCUAAGCUGGACCUUCCUAAAGCCUCCAUCACUAGAAACAUCUCCGCUAUGGAGCGUUUCAGAAACAUGGACAAGAGAGCGACCACAGAGGACCGUAACACAGCCCUGGAGACACUGCACCAGAACUCUAUCACUCAGGUCUCUAUCUAUGAGGGAGACCAGUCUGACUGUCGUAAGUUCUGCACCACGGGCAUCGAUGGAGCCAUGACCAUCUGGGACUUCAAGAGUCUGGAGGCGUCCAUCCAGGGGCUGAGGAUCAUGUGAAGGACCAGCUAAACCCCCCCCCCCCCUCCCGUUUCCCUGACAACCCCCCCCCCCCCCCUCCAAGCGGCCAGUAACAGUCUGACCACGCUAAGAAGUAUCUGAUUAAAAAAAGCACUGACUACACACACACACCGACACCGACACCCUCUCUGAGCUGACAUUACCGCUGAUUGUUUAUGUAAACGAAGGGUCAUAGGUCAACUUGACGACCCUGGGAUGUACCACAUUCCACAUCAGUGUGUGUUUUAACAUGUAAUAAUAAUAACAGGUGUCUCUGAAGCGACUUCGGCUCUACAACACUAAGUUACCAUUGAAGGAUGUGCUGAGUAGCCAAUGUGACCAAAUGGCACACUAUUCCCUAUAUAGUGCACUACUUUAGACCAGAGUCCAAUAGCGGCUAUCCUCUGUGAUGUGUCCCUAUGGGCCCAUGGUCAGAAAUAGUUUACUGUCAAGGAACUAGGGUGCUAUUUGGGAUGGUUCAUUAGAUGGAGGAUGUUUCUAUGAUGUGUCUAAUUCAGCUGCAGAAGAAAUAAAGAAUCAAUUGACACUA